CAAAAUAUCAAACACCUUGUGCUUGCAAGCACCACUCUUGCUUUGGCAUUAUUUGUUUUCAAGCAAAUUAAGCAGCCAAAACCCCACCACACUCAAAAACAAGAUGGUAAAGCUUCAGCAUCAGCCUCUUUUCUCACUCACACUUCUACUUAUUUUCCUCUCCCAUUGCACCAAAAUCUUAGCCCAAGCUCCUGCUGCAGCCCCUGCUGCUGCUCCUGCUGCUCCUGCUGCUCCUGCUGCCCCAGUUGCCCCAGCUGCUCCAAUUGCCCCAGAUGCCCCAAUUGCCCCAGCUUCCCCAUCAAUUACAGGGCCAGCAGUUCCAGCACCACCAGCUGAUGCCCCUGCACCUCCAGGCCCAACCAACAUCACCAAAAUCCUUGAAAAAGCAGGUGGCUUCAAUGUCUUCAUCCGCCUUUUAAAAAGCACCCAAAUUGACAGACAGCUCUACAGCCAACUCAACAACUCAAAUAGCCAACUCACCGUUUUAGCCCCAACUGACAGUGCCUUCUCAAGGCUCAGCACAGGCUCACUCAACUCUUUGGGCGAUGAGCAAAAAGUGCAGCUCUUACAAUUCCAUCUGAUCCCAGAUUUUCUCACAAUCCAAAACUUUCAAACUCUCAGCAAUCCAGUGAGAACCCAAGCUGGAACUGGAUUUGACUAUCCACUAAACAUUACCACAACAGGCAGUUCAGUCAAUAUUUCCACUGGCCUUGUGAACACCUCCAUUUCAGGCACUGUCUACUCUGAUAAUCAAAUUGCUAUUUACAAAGUUAACAGUGUGCUCCAGCCUUAUGGUGUUUUUGCUCCCAAGCAUCACCAACCGUCACCGGCUCCGGCACCUGCACAAGAGAAGCCUAAGGAGGAGUCUUCAUCAUCCGAUUCUGAUGACACUACUCCUGAUGUUGCUGAAGUGAAGUCUGGUGCUGUUCCUUGUCUGAUCCCCAAGAUUAAUGCCAUUCUCUCCAUUGGAGUUUCAGUGGUUGCUGCUGCAGCUAUAAGCUUUUUGUGACAGAAUGGUUGAUUACUUUGUGCCAAUGGACAUUAUGCGGACACGGUGGAAUUAUAUAUGCCAGUUUGUGAUCAUAAAUAUAAGAUACCAAAUACUGUGUAACUAAUGAAUUUCAUGGGGUUGUUAAUUUGUUUGUUCAUU